AUGUUUUUACGUAAGCAUUCAUCUCUGCAUGUGCAGUAUGAACAAGAAGGAAGGCCAUUACCAAAGUUCGGGGAAUGGGAUGUGAACGAUCCUGCCUCAGCUGAAGGGUUCACUGUUAUAUUCAACAAGGCCAGAGAUGAUAAAAAAACUGGCGGAGGAGCAUCCGUACGAGUUCAAUCACAGCGAAGAAACCAUUCGCGCAAGGAAGAUGAUAAAUCCGCCAAGGGGCAGAAGAAGUGGUUUUGCUUUAAACCCUAA